GGCGCGGCGGUCGGCUCGGCUCAGUCGGCGAGCAUGUUUGCGUUGCUCCUGCUGCUUCACCAUGCCAGCGCGAGUGACACCCCACAAGAAGCCCCCAUCAUCAAAAAGAUAGCCUCGUGCCCCGACGUCGGCUACUACUUCACGCAGGAGUCGAACCUGAACGCGAUCGAGCCUAUCUGCUAUCUGUGCUUCUGCCAGGACGAUAACACGGCGGUGUGCUGGCUGAGAGAGCCUAGAAGGUGUGAUGUCAAGCAUUACCAACAUUACGGGAGGAAAAAGAGAUUGAGCAGAGUACGCAGGAGUCCUGGAUUCAAUAAUAAUAUAUUGUUCACAUAUUUUUCACAAGGAGGUAACGUUAGUUUCGCGCCAGAUACAAAUGUGACUGAAAAAAUAUUCGUAUACAACACUUCGGAUAGUGAUGAUAAAAUAUUAAAUAAAACUAAUUAUUUUAAACAUACUGUUUUCGAAGUGGCUAACUUAAAUGGUAAUAAAAAUUCAAAUGAAACCCAUGUAGAACAGUAUUUGACUCCUAAUACAGCAAAGAAUACAUCAAGCAAAGCUACUUCAAAUGCCGUAGAUUUAAAAAUAAACGCGUCAAACGAAAAUAUUCAUGGUAUUGAUAAAGAUAAAGCAAAAGUCCAAGACUGUUACCAUAAUUUUACUUUAAAAAAUAAUGUUGGAUGUGAGAAAAUAUGCAAGUUCAAAAAAUUAUUUAAAAAGUUAGUCGGAUUUGGUAAUACCAAUACAACAACGCCAGUGAAGAACAAAAUUAAAAAUAAUAACAUUUUAAAAUAUUUGAAAAGGAAGUUCAGAAAAGUUUUUAUAAAGAAAAAAGUCAAAAAUAAUAAUACAAUACAGCAAUCAAACCGAAAACACCAUUUGAUCAGAACUAUUUGUCAAAAUUUUGGAUCUUGUACAAUAGACUUUAAAAACAAAAAAAUAUUAUAUAAUAUUGAACAGCUAAGAGCUGAAAGUACUAAAAUAAUGCAAUCCGUAAAUAGUAUCAAAGGGCUUUUAAAACUACUUGAUAUAAAUCGUAAAACAAUGAAAAAGAACUUUAUAGGUAUCAAUGAACAGAUUUGUAAUGACAACAUUGACGAACUAAAUGCAAUAAUUAAAGAUAAUUAUGACGAAUAUAACUUGGAUAAUUUAACAGAAACACAGAGUGUCCAAAUUUCUUAUAUCAAGCAAAAUAUAGAAAUAUUCAUGCAAUCAAUGGAAAAAUUUGCUCAAAUUCUAAAUGAUAUUGUACAAGUAUUAACAAAUAAUAAAACUCAUUACCUGAAAGUUUCAAAUUAUUAUUUUCACAGAAAUCCCAAAAAACAAGUAAUAACGAAGGUCAUUAAAAAUGAUACAAUUGGGGAAAAGUUAGAUAAAAUUAAGGAACUUCUAACCAAUUAUAAUUUAGUUCAAAACAAAUUUGUGAAACGAAUGUAUGACAUUAUGAAACCAUUAGGACCUAAGACAAAUCAGACAAAAAAUAACAAUGUGAAAAAUAAUAAGGACACUUCUGCAAUAGAAAUUUACACGCAAAACAUAAUUGAGAAUCUCAGCAAGUUAAAGAAUCUAGCACAAAAAUUGAGUUGUAAGAACCGAAAAAAAAGAGAGGCUAUUGAUGAUGAUGUUGUAGAAUACCUUUUAAUAUUAAUGGAAUAUUUGCUAAAGCAACAAAAGCAACUGAAAAUAUCUCCAGAAUACGAUGGCAUCGACUUAUUGAUAGAAGCGAUUAAAAGUGCACCUGAUAUAAAAGCUACUCGGAAAAAAGUUCUUGAUCCAUUGAAUAUGGAAAUGGAGACUACAAAAGCUGCUUCGUCAUUUCUAAAUGCUAAUAAAAUUAUAGAUGAAACAGUUGACACAUCAAAUGCGAUUAUUCCUAAAUUCAAAACAUUUGAAUCAAUCGAUGAAGACGAAGAAAGUAGUGAUUUGUAUCAGUAUAAUAAAAAGUUUCACAAAAAAAAUAAUUUUAAGCAAGGAAAGUUUGAAGCUAAAGAUGUAACUCCAAGUUAUGAUAUUGAUUUAUCAGAUGAUGGAAAAACUAGCGCUGUUUUGGAUAAAACGGACACAAAGAAAAAAGAUGAUAGUAAAGAAAUUGAAGUAUUUAUUGAUGAUGCAGAUGACGAUGCUGGGAUUAUUAUGACUACGACCGAAUCACCAGAUAAGAGUAUAGUAGAAGUAGAAGAAUCUGAAACAGUCAGAUAUAAUACACCAAUGAGAACAUAUUAUCCUCACAACAAACUAAGAGACGAACAGUCAGUUCACAAAGAUACUAAUGACACUUACAUACGCCAAUACAAUAGAAUAAAGUUAGAUUGGGUAGAAGACAGUUACACUCAAGAUGAAGAACGUAAAGAAUUGCCCAGAUUCAUAGAAACUACUACACAAAAGCUAACACCAACUCACACAAUUCUCGCUGCAGAAGUUAUUUUAAGAACCACAAGAAAACAAGAAAAGAAAGCAGAUAAAUAUGACAAUCCUUUAAGUAGUAUCUCUAGAGAAACCGAAGAUGAAAACAGAAAAAUGACUAAAAAAUUAAAUCCCGAAAAUGUUAUGUACAAGAAACAAAUGAAUUUACUAAAUUCAUUGGACUACGGUACGGAAAAAAUUGAAAUCGAAGAGGACUCAACGGAAGAAAAAUCUAAUGUGGAACAGUUUCCUCCGUAUUUUGUAUGAAGUGUUUAUAGGUAAGACAGACGGACAAAAAUAUCGUUUGCUGUAUAGGUAGAGUCAGCGACAAAACGGGGUUUAU